ACCGCCAAUUUGCAUCUACCGCGUUAGCACGUAAUUGCCGCGCCGAAUUAUAAUUAUUAUCAAGUGUUGUUUACCUCAAGGAGCUCCAUAGAGAAACAAGGACAAUGAGAACGGAGGCAGCGGUCAGUUGUUUUCUGUUGGUAUUGCACAGUGUGUGCUGUCAGAGCGGCAGCGAGGAGUCCUGGGUGGAUCCGUAUCCCGCCUGGUCGGACUUGGCCAACGAUUUUCAUCAGCCCGAUGGAUUGUGCCAGUGUCCAGCAAGUCCAGAGCUUUCGCCAGCGGCCAUGGAGGAUGCCGUGGCGCUCACCUACUUCAAGAAGUUCGUCAAUCUGCUGUUUCAGCGCAAGCGUUUGCGGUACGAUGCUCAGUCAGCGGUCCAUAAGCGAGCGCUGCUCUUCUCGCUGCUGCCAUCGCAACUGGAUGAACUGGAGAAGGUGCAGGAUGCGCGGGAUAUGGACGUAUUGCUGACAAAGAUAUUGGAGAGUGCCGAGGAGGCUCCAUUGUUUGAUGGAAGGUCCGGAUGCUCAUACGUCCGACAAGGCUUUUUCUCCUUAUUGUUGGAUAUUUUCAAGGAUGUAAUUGAACUGAUGAAAACGACUGAGGUGCAAUUUAUCCUAUAUGCAACAUUAGCAAUUGCACUUAUCGUCAUUGUGCACAAACGUUUCCGUAUCAAGAUAUUUUCGAUUGUUCUAGGAGGUAUUUUUCUGUGCGGAUAUAUUCAGACUUAUUUGGAAUGCAAUAGAGAAUUAGACAUCAGUAGGAUGAUAGAGGUCGUAAAGCAUCACCAGGAGCCAGAAAGUUCCUGGUUUUCUCGACUGGGAUCCUACAUAUUCCAAGCCUCGCCAAACAAUAAGAAAAUAGAGAUGAUGAAAAAAUCUUCAAAACUCCGAAUUUCUAUUUGCAUGCCAGAUCACGUGUUUUUUAUGUAUUUGAACAACCUAUUCAUCAAGCAGUUAGAAAUUAUGAUAGAAAAGGUGUCAGAAACUAUGACGAAACUAUCCGCCGGAUACUCCUUCCCUUAUAACCUCCUUGCACCAGUCCUUCUGGUGUGUUUAGUGGGGUACAUUAUAAAGCUGUCCUUUAAAUACAUUUUGAGCCCCCGAGCAUGGGCAUCUCUUCUACACAAGCCAGCGCCACCGGAGACACCAACGAUCCACCAGUCAAUUAAUGCGCGGGAGCCCAUAGAGGACCGCAUAUCGGGCGACAACCUAAAGAUGCUGCUAAAUGUAAUUGGCGUAAGAAGCGUUUCACAUGAGUCACUACAACGACUACCCGCCGUUUCGGGGGUGCAAGAGCUAGAUGAAGCGCACGAAAUUCCUGCCACGGAAAAAGAAAGCUUAGAUGAAAGCGAUUCCAGCAACAAAAGCAAAAGGAGUGUUGCUGAAGAGGAAGGAUUCACGCUGGUCGACGAUCACGAGGAUAAUAACAUCGAUAAUGUGUAGCGGCCGACAAUAAACUUAAUCUGUAACUUAAGUGUAAUGUCCGUGAUUUUUACCCAGUUAUUGGAGACCAUUAGUGGUCGGCAAAUAAGUACAUUUUUUCCAUUUUUGAUUUGUCAUAGUUAAAUUUUUAUUUAAAUUAUUUUGCAUGUUCAUCUCAUUUGCGCGAUUAGUGUUAUUAAGAUAAAUCUUCAACAAUAAGAUCUUUUAAGUAGGCCACAAAACUGUUUAUAUUUUGCUUGUUAUUAUUAUGAUGCCGGCCCUUCAAAAAAUCGGAUAUAAUUUUUAUUUGUAACUUGUUGAUCUUUUAUAUUUACAACUUGGCGCUCAGGCGGCUUUAAUAAAUAUUAUUAGCAAUGGGCGCUCGUUUUGUGAGUUGCAUAUUAAUUGAAUGUAAGCGAUAAUUAAAUAUUCGGUUUUCGAAUCUUGUAAAAUCUAAUUUAAUAUGUAUACAACUAAUAUAUUUAUAUAUCUAUGUAUAUAGAUCUAUACGGUGUGUGUAUAUAUUUGUAAGUAAAAAUUAGAAAAGAAUUUCGGUGUAAAUAUAUUUAUUCGUUGUAUUUUAAAUCAUGCACCUAAAAUGUAUUAUGCUUUAAUUACAAUUCAUUUUUAUUUUUAUUAUUAUAAUUUGUAUGCAACUAAGUAACUUUACGCAUUUGUGAAAUGUACUGUAUGGAAUAUGUAAUCCAAUAUACGGCACAUACUGAAUAGCCAAAAACCCAG